CUUAGGUACCCGUUGCCACCAAUGAGGCGUGGCUCCUAAAAAACUUCAAUAGUAAAAAGUCAAAUAUAUAGAUCUACGUAUAAUAACCCAUAAUUCUCAGCAUAUCUUAUAGAAGGCGAUAGGAACUCUAAGAUAGUGAGAUUCAGAGCGGGCUAAAUGAACCACAGGAAAAUUUAUUGAUCAUAUGAAAAGCAGCUAUAUUGAAACCCCAUGAGCUGCUGACUUUACCUAUUAAAAGGCUCUCGCAAAACAUCAUCUGCGCGUUUGGGAUGAGAUAAAUUAGACCAGAAUUAAGGCAGAUCAUGUUCACCGCACACACUAACUAGGUACCUAGGUACUUUUGAACCUUGGAGGUAACAUACAAUACCCUAUAAAACCAACUUUGGUAAGACAUCAAAUAGGUUUGCUGGGAAUAAUGCAUACAUACCUUGCAUACAUCUAACAACACGGCAGUGCUUUGUUACUUGAACCGACAUCACAAUGUCCGUCGCCUUCGACAACAUCCUCAACUUCCGAGAUGUCGGAAAGACUAUCAACGACUAUCUCGGCCGAAAGGUACUUCGUGAAGGCGUGUUCUACCGAUCCGCGCGACCGGACGACGCCUCCCCCAUAGACCGUAAAAGGCUCAAAGAUGAGCUAGGCAUCCGGACGGUCGUGGAUCUCCGGUCCAAAACAGAGCUCCUCAAGCAAGCGCAGAAGCGCCAAGCAGCAGCAACCGCUCUCCCGGCGCUCUCGAACACCGCGCUCGCGGAGCAGCAGCAACAACAGCAACAACAGCACCCGCUGCAGAUCCCCGGCCUGCGGUACCGGACGGUCAAGGUGACGGGCCGGCGGUUCGAGAUAUUUCUGCUGCGACAGCUCGCGUGGUGGAGUUUCUUCAAAUUCCUCCUCCUAUUCCUCCUCGGCUACCGCACCCAAGCCAUCGCCAUCCUCGGCCGGGAAGUCAUGCAGCCGCGCGGUCUCGUCGGGCUCGGUAUCGCGAUGCUCGACGAGUCUGGUGCUGAGAUCGCUGAGGCUCUCCACACCCUCACCACACCCCCGUCCUCCUCCUCCCCCUCCUCCCUCCCCCUCCUCAUCCACUGCACCCAAGGCAAAGACCGAACAGGCCUGGUCGUCCUCCUCGCCCUCGCGGCCCUCGGCGUCCCCCCCGACGCCAUCUCGCACGACUACCUGCUCUCGCGGGCGGGGGGCCUCGCAGCCAAAGGCGAGGACAAAGGCGAGGCCGAGGAGCGCCUCCUCCUCGAGCAAGAUAUCCGGGAGAUCGGGCUGACGCCCGAGUGGGCCGACGUGCCCGACGAUUUUGUCGAGAAGAUCCUGGGGCACUUGCACGGCAAGUACGGCGGUGUGGAGAAUUAUCUGCGUGGUGUCGGGUUUGGGAAUGACGAGCGGGAGAGGCUGGUUGAAGUGUUGGGCGCGUAGAGAGUGUAUUUUAUCUACACGAGGCAGUCUUAUGUAUAUUAUAAAUAAUACAGUACAGUCACCAAGGUACCUGGCUGGAAAUAAACAAAUCACAUUUCGGUAUGUACCUACCUAAGUUAGGU